CUUUAGCACAACCACUCACGACAAACACUUUCCUCAAUAUGUAUCUGAACUGUUAUGUGCAGAACCGGAUUCUUCGUGGUGGAGUCAACCCGCAAUCAUGCACCCAACAGAAAGCACCGAGUUUCUACAACCUGAAAUAACUUAAACAACCCUGCAUUUCAUCAAAGGUUAUGUGGAAUGGCCUGACCAUCUCCGGGAACUUACUGAGCCUCUUUCACGUCUCUCAAUCACGGACUGAAUCCAUUGCCGUUCAAUACCCCUCUGCGUUCCGCAGCUGAUGUCAUUCUGGGAGGCGAAUAGAAGCCAUACAGAGGUUCAUAUACGCAACAACUGCACGACUCCCAGACACGGUUUUAUGCUGAACUGGAUAUCGCGAACCCUCGGGGCCGAAGGACAAGUAAAGGCAAAGGAAAGGCGAAGGGACCUUCACCGGAGGAUACGAUGUCUUAUAAGAUUGGUGAUACGGUGCUUGUGGAGACGUUCAACUACAUGCAUAUGGCAAAGAAGGUGCCUAACGUUGCGGUUAUAGUCGAUAUGUGGGAGACGGAUUAUUCUGGGCCAGAGGAGACGGGGAAGAUGAAGGUUUUGGUUCAUUGGUUCGUCAGACCGAGUGAGCUACCAACAUAUCGUGCGAAGAGGAAUCAUCAUGAGGAUGAGAUCUACUACUCGUUGUCGGGAAGCGAGGUUUUGGACCCUCUGCUUAUUGUAGCACCAUGCAAGGUUCGCCAAGGAAUGGUGAAUGAUAUACCUAAAUCGCCUUCGAAGAUGACAUGGAAACUUCAGCGGAUUGAUGAAGCCUCGGAAUCGGACGACGAUUCGUGUUCGAAACGUUUAGAAGACAAGACACGAUCUUUCCAGUGUCGCCUCGCGGUUGACUCUAGGAAGGGACUCUAUUAUACGUUUGAGUGGAACGACCUCCGAAAUAGUGCACUCAGUUCGUGCGAGUCCCGAUCUGGCGAUGGCCGAGGAAGAAUAGCAGCGUGUAAACUCUGGGAUUUGGAUUCUCGCUGUUACACUGAAGUGACAAGGCUCAAUGACCUCGCAAAGCCGUCUAGCUCGACCAGGCAGCGGUCGAGACGCUACAGGUACGGAUUCUCGAUAACCGACACAAAGCCUACCCAGCAGCGUGUAGCCCCAACUUCGCUGCCGAAAUCAACACUCGUCUUGUGUAAAGUUUGGGAAGGGAGGGAGUGCCUUCUGGAAGUUCCUUGGGAGAACGAUGCAGACGCUGUGGGUGAGCCAUUUGGCUUGCCUGUUUGUUUGUUCCCCUCUUCUUCUGGUUCCCUUGCAUUUUACCAUUUUUCUCUACUAGCAAAUGUUUCCUCAUUGUGAUUUUAUUAUUCGUUGUGAAUGAUUUGUACGCCUUACAUUCCCUUCGUUCUUUCGUAGACUAUAUGGACUGUUGUCCCUCGGCAACGCCGGACGGGCAAACUGAAUGAAAGAUUAAUAAAGUGGAUGCGUAAAAAAGAAAACAGCU